GGCUUCCCACUUCGGACCAGCAGCCACAGUGAUGAGUGACUCCAAGAAACGUCAAAAAUUAUUUCAUAGCGAAGCAAGGGACCCAGCCAACUUCUACUUUAGAUAAGAGCCAUGCUCCAAUAUCUCAUCCUGUUACUGGCAGUGGUGAAGCAAGGCGUCCCAAGCUACCGCCCCCUAGAGGAAUCUCCUUGUGUAACGACAAAGAUGGUAGCAUCAUGUCAGAACAAGUAUCUGCAUCAGGUUCCAAUGGAACUUCAACAAGGCAUUCGGUCCCUCAACCUAUCAAGGAACAACUUGAGGAACAUCACCAAACACCCAUUGUCCUUCUAUUCCUUUCUGGAGAUCCUGGACCUUAGCAGCAAUGAAAUAAGUUUCAUUGAACCAGACACCUUCACGAACAUGGUCUACUUGAAGGAGAUCAAUCUUUCUGACAACAAUUUGGACAAGUUUGUCGACUUUAAGUCACCAGGAAUUGGACUUUUACCAAACGUGCAAAUGCUGGACCUGUCAAGAAACAGCUUGUACAAACACAUGACAGGAUUUUUUUUACAAAAUGCCCCCCACCUUCGCUAUCUUUCAUUAGCAGGUAACAGCAUCAUGGUGAUUUCCCUAGAAACCUUUUCAGGAACCCCUCUUUUGUCGGAGGUAGACAUUCGUAAUAAUAUUAUAAUGGACAUUGAGGAGGGCUCUUUUGACCACCUUUUGCAUCUCAGGAAAAUUAAUCUGGUCAUGAACUCCAUCACUUGCAUAUCCAGAUAUAACCUUCGUCAGCUUGAAAGCCUCAACCUCAGCAAAAAUAGCAUUGAGACAUUCCAUACAUCGGAUUCAGAUGAAGAAUACCAUCUCAAACACGUUGACCUAAGUGACAACAAACUUGUACAUUUUCCUAUUUUGCCAACUGUUAACAAUCUCAUUACCUUAAAUUUAUCCAUGAAUCUUAUAAGUUUUGAUGAAAACGCAUCUCAUGAUGAACUUGCUUGGUUGGAAGAAGAAGAAGAAUCAAGAAACACUACUAUGGUUAAUCUGCUCACGCUUACCCAUUUAGACUUAAGUUACAAUAAUAUAAAAUAUAUACCAGAAGAUUUCUUUAGCACUAUGCCGAUGCUAAAAUUCUUAAACCUGAGCCAGAACUGCAUUGAAAACUUUACAUUUGGGCAUGUAGUUAUCUUGAACUUUUUGGAAGAACUUGAUUUGAGUGGCAACUCCAUACAGAAUAUGUCACUUGGGGCAAGCUCUCUACCUAAUUUAAAAAUACUUCUCUUACAAAAUAACCAACUGCACUUUCUUGAAUCUAGAACAUUCCAAGGAAUACCCAGCAUUGUCUAUAUCAAUCUUCAAAGCAAUAAUGUUGAAUUGUGUGGCCUGAGCAAGGAAAUGUCCACACAAAAUAUAAAAAGGGAAAGUUGCAUAUCAUUUCUCAACAUUUCAUCCCUGCGACAUUUAAACCUCAGAGAAAACAUGUUAGAAGUAAUUCCUGAACGUGCAUUUUAUGGCACCUCCUUGACUUUUCUAGAUGUCUCCAGGAACCUUGGUCUUGCUAUAGGAAAAAACGCUUUGAAGGGGUUGGAGAGUUCACUAGAAGUUCUCCAUUUAGAAGACAAUGCUAUUUUCCAGUUGAAUAUCGAUCUUCCGCUUCUAGUCCAAUUAAAAUAUCUGAACUUGUCAGGAAACCGUUUGACAUGGUUGCCUACGUGGAACAGAAACUGUCAAUUAGCAACGCUUGAUCUGAGCAACAACAGCUUCAGUAAUCUGAAGGACAGCAAUAUCCCGGUGUUGGAGAACACAUUAAGAACUCUUUCUUUGACUGGGAAUCCACUAAGCUGCUGUGAAAACAGUUGGAUCAUCCACAUGGUCAGACGAAACACAGUAACUAUUACAGCUCUUGAUGCCACAACGUGCCACAAGUCCAAUGGACAGAAGGAGGAGAUAAUGCAAGGACAGAACAGUUUAGAAAACUGCAAAAAGGACGAUGUAAAAAACAUGAAUACAGUCAUAAUCUUAACUGUGGUGUUGGUUUCAUUGGUGACUGUUGUCGGCAUCGGAUCCGUGGCUUGUUACUGUAGGCAAAAACUUAAUCAGCAAUUUAAGGCUUAGCAUGAAGGAUUUUUUGUUUUUGCCCGUUCCUCACUCUUUUGGGCUUAUCAC